CAUCCAUUUACAGCAGCUCCACUUCACUCCACGGCGACACUUGUUGUAAGACUGAAACGCGACACUGCUUGCGAAAGGAUAUGCGAUCGAUCAGCACAGUGUAUUCACCUCACAGCACCGCUGGAAACACCAGAACACCAGCGCAGGCUGUAAUCUACAAACACUGAAGAAGAGAAGGACGAAGAGGAUGGAAAUGAUGCUGUAAAUGGCUUCUGUCAGAAUAAAAACACCGGUGCUUUGAGGUCUGCUGGUGCUCCUGCGCCCUGGUGUUUUUUUCUGCAGUGAGAGCUGAACAUACGCUGACCAGAAUCCACAGCAGGGCGGUGUAUUUGUUUUUCCCAAGGAUAUGUCAUUGGGGAAAUCCCCUGUGUUGGGGGUGCACCCUGUGCCCCGACCCCUCUGGCUGGUCCACCUCAGCCUGCUGUGCUUGUUUGUGUCUCUCUUUGUCCAGGCGCCACGAGCUUUGCCCGUGGUGGGCUAUAACACUGACUCCAAGAAGGAGAUCACACUGGAAGGAGACUUGAUGAUCGGCGGCCUGUUCCCCGUGCACCAGAAGGGUGAGGGGGCAGAGGACUGUGGGAAGAUCAAUGCACAGAGGGGGAUCCAGAGACUGGAGGCCAUGCUGCUGGCAUUAGAUGAAAUCAACAGGGAUGAGCGCAUCCUUCCUGGGAUCAGACUGGGAGCCCAUAUACUGGACACGUGCUCAAAGGACACCUACGCUCUGGAGCAGUCACUGGAGUUUGUCAGGGCCUCCCUCACCAAAGUAGAUGACAGCGAGUACACGUGCCCUGAUGGUUCCUAUGCCAUCCAUGAUGAUGUCCCUCUUGCUAUUUCAGGAGUCAUAGGAGGCUCCUACAGUGAUGUCUCCAUCCAGGUGGCAAAUCUUCUCCGACUUUUCCAAAUCCCUCAGAUCAGCUAUGCUUCUACUAGUGCGAAGCUAAGUGACAAGACCCGCUAUGACUAUUUUGCCCGCACCGUGCCUCCGGAUUUCUACCAGGCCAAGGCCAUGGCAGAGAUCUUGCGUUACUUCAACUGGACGUACGUAUCCACAGUGGCGUCAGAGGGGGAUUAUGGUGAGACCGGCAUUGAUGCUUUCCAGCAGGAGGCUCGAGCUCGCCAGAUUUGCAUUGCCACCUCGGCCAAGGUGAGCCGCUCAAUGAGCCGCUGGAGUUAUGAGAACGUAAUUCGCUCCCUUCAGCAAAAGUCCAACGCCAAGGUGGUCAUCCUCUUCACGCGCAGCGAGGAUGCCCGUGAGCUACUGGUGGCGGCCAACCGUAUGAACGUCACCUUCACCUGGGUGGCCAGUGAUGGCUGGGGAGCGCAGGAGAGUGUGGUGAGGGGAAGUGAAGCUGUGGCAGAUGGAGCGUUCACUAUUGAACUAGCCUCCUAUGAAAUGUCCCAUUUUAAUGACUACUUCACUGCUCUGCAUCCAUACAACAAUACCAGGAAUCCAUGGUUCAGAGAAUUUUGGGAAAACCAAUUCCAGUGCAGCCUCCAUGACCUGGGCUGUGGGAAACAAUCACUUCGGGAAGUACCAUUUCAACCAGAAUCGAAGAUCAUGUUUGUAAUCAACGCCGUCUAUGCAAUGGCUACUGCCUUACAUAACAUGAGGCAAGCCUUAUGCCCCAACUCCACCAAGGUGUGUGAUGCUCUCAAACCUGGCAACGGCAGAAAGUUUUACAGGGACUACAUUCUCAAGGUCAAAUUUGAUGCACCCUUUCGCCCCCCUGACACCGAGAAUGUGAUCCGUUUUGAUGCCUUUGGAGACAGCCUCGGCCGCUACAACAUUUUUCACUACCACAAAGAGGGCGGGCGCUACGUCUACCGUAAUGUGGGUUACUGGGCGCAGAGCCUGAUCUUGAACACCAGCCUCAUCCCCUGGGCUGAUCAGGUGGUGCCCACCUCCCAGUGCAGUGAUCCCUGCAGGAAGAAUGAGGUGAAGAGCAUGCAGCCAGGAGACGUGUGCUGCUGGAUCUGCAUACCCUGUCAGCCCUACCAGUACCUGCAGGACGAGUUCACCUGCGCUGACUGCAGCUUUGGACAGUGGCCUCUGGCCAAUCUGACGGGUUGUUACGACUUGCCUGAGGAGUACAUCCGAUGGGAAGACGCCUGGGCCAUUGGUCCCGUCACCAUUUCCUGUCUCGGGAUCAUGUGUACACUCUUCGUCAUCGGCCUCUUUCUCAAACACAAUGAGACACCAGUGGUGAAGGCCAGUGGACGGGAGCUGUCCUACAUCCUUCUGCUGGGAGUGCUGAUGUGUUAUAGCAUGACCUUCAUCUACAUUGCCAAACCUUCCACAGCUGUGUGUACGUUGCGCCGGCUAGGAUUAGGUACCUCCUUUGCUGUGUGCUAUUCAGCACUCCUAACCAAAACCAAUCGCAUAGCUCGAAUUUUCAGUGGAGUGAAGGAUGGAGCCCAGAGGCCCCGAUUUAUCAGCCCAGCUUCCCAGGUUGCCAUAUGUGGUGCUCUAAUCUCCUGCCAGCUGGUUGUGGUGGUAGUCUGGAUGCUGGUGGAGACCCCAGGAGUGAGAAAAGAAGUGAGCCCGGAGAGGAGAGAUGUGGUCACCCUUAAGUGCAACAGCAAAGACUCCAGCAUGCUCGUGUCUCUCACCUACAACUGCAUACUCAUUAUCCUCUGCACAGUCUACGCCUUCAAGACCCGCAAAUGCCCUGAGAACUUCAACGAGGCCAAGUUCAUCGGGUUUACCAUGUACACCACCUGCAUCAUCUGGCUGGCGUUCCAACCCAUUUUUUAUGUUACUGCCAGCGACUACAGGGUGCAGACUACCACCAUGUGCAUCUCUGUCAGUCUCAGCGGGUCGGUGGUUCUGGGAUGCCUCUUUGCUCCAAAGAUCCACAUAAUACUGUUCCAGCCACAGAAGAAUGUCUGCAACCUCAGGGCGGCCACCACCCGCUUCAGUGUCAAUACUGGACCGGCCUCCAGUUUUUCUCAAGCAUCAGCCUCCAAUGUUGUUCCGACAGUGUGCAAUGGACGAGAGGUGGUGGACUCCACAACAUCCUCCUUGUGAAUUGCAGAUGAGUUCUUUUUCUGAGCGUUGUAAACAGAGUUAUAUAAUCACUAGUCCUGAAUCAGGUGUCUCAGAUAUUGAUGAGGUCACACAGACGAUCGUCAUGACUUUGUUGUCCUCAAAGUGCUGUGAGUGCAAUGUCCCGAUUACUUGAUUUUGUUCUUUGACUCGUAGCGAUUUUAAAUGAGAUGCCAACAAAGCUGAAUAUAGCCCUGUUUUUCUGAAGAUAUCUUGCAACAAUGGAGUAUAAUGUA